GGUGAUUACGCAUGCGCACGGCGAGCUGCAACUUUGCAUGAAUUUUGGUCAAAUUCGGUCGAAUUUGGCGGGGAGAAAGGCUUUGCGUGCACCUCCGCUGGGAAAGAAGUAGUCCUGAUACCUGUAGGCGGAGUAGUUUCCGAGGGUUGUUGGAGCCUGUUCUCGCCUUUUCGGUGCGAAGUGGUGGCCCAGUUUGCCGACCGACUCUGUGCCGUGGGAGGUGCAGUACCGUGCAGCCUUGGACUUGAGAGAAAAAGGAGAGAGAGAGAGAGCAGACAGGAUGUUUCUGCGGUUGGGUUUUCUGCUGUGUGUUGCGGCGGCGCUCCUUGGAUUAGCAGCGUGCCAGUCGAGUCUGACGGUUAGUCCGGACACAGACCAGGUGAAGGCGGUGGCAGAGGGAAGCCUCUUCACCUGCUCGGCUACAGGAGCUGUCACCGGACUGGCCUGGUUCGACCCUGAUCAGAACCGGAUUACAGACGAUACCAGUCAGGACCUGCAUGUGCAGGCGAGAGGGAACUCCAUUCGGCUGAAGUUCAUUAACAUCCAGAAGGACAACGCUGGCAUUUAUUACUGCCGAGCUACGGCGACAAGCGAAGACGGAUCCACACAGGAUCUGGAGGCUACCAUCAAACUCAUCAUAUUCGAGGCGAUCUCGUUCGUCGACCCGCAGCCCACCCAGACAGCGACGGUUGGACAGGCGGCGAGCCUGGUGUGCCAGGCAGCCGGGGAACCUGUGCCGGAGGUCAACUGGUACAGGAACGGAGACUUCAUCGCAAACGGAGGUCGGUUCCAGAAGAACCCCGACACCAACACCCUACACAUCGCCAACGUGACGCUUGAUGAUGAGGACACCUACACCUGCGAGGCCAGUCAGACCACCAACGGGCAGUACGACGAGCUGCAGAUCCUACUGGACGUGCAAGUCCCUCCCACCCUGGUUACCCGCCCCUCCAGCUCCAAUGGUACGGUCGGGCAGGACGUGACCUUGCUGUGUCAGGCGACGGGUGACCCUGACCCGACCUACGCCUGGUUCCGAGACUCCACCGACCCCGCCAACGAACUCACCGCUGACAGGUUUGUGUUCUCCCAGCAGAAUGGAGUUGUGGAUAAGAUGACGAUGACCAUCAAGGCUCUGACUAAGGCAGACGAGGGAAGGUACAUCUGUCAGGCCUCCAACGGAGCAGGGCAGGACCAGGCAGCCGCUAACGUGUUCGUAUACGUCCCCCCCAGCAUCAGUGACCCCCAGGACACCAGCACCCCCGAGGGUCAGUCUGUUGACCUUCGUUGCUCGGCAACAGGAGACCCCACACCCAUGCUGCAGUGGAGAAAGGGAGGCGGGGACAUGGUGGACGGAUCGGACCCUCGGUUCACAGUGAGCACAGAUCCCAGCACAGGAGAAACCAUCCUCACCAUCAGACAGGUCACCUACAGCGACAGGGGCAGCUUCACCUGUAUAGCCACAAACCUCGGAGGCACCGACCAGAAAACACUCAACUUGGACGUACAAUUCAAGCCGAAGGUGGAUGAGUCGACUCCGAGCGUUGCGGCCACAUGGGUGGGCAACCCUGUCAAUCUAACGUGCAGCUUCACCAGUAACCCAGCUCCCGAGAUCAAAUGGUCCCUCAACAACGCAGACAUCCAGGAUGGAGGCAGUUACGCUGUUUUCACGUCUGCUUCUGGAAGCACCCUACAGGUACAUGGUCCUUACUUAGUACUAGUACUGUAGCAUCUUACAGGUACC